UUUUUCAUUUAUAUUUUAUUGAACAUUCAGCAGUCAUGUUACAUGAGAACCUCUUUUCCAAAUACAUCCCCAAGUUUCUGCUUGAAUAAGUAUUUUCUGUGAUUCGGUAUUUAAAACGGGAAAGAAAAAAAUCUAAAUAUAUAGGAAAUGGGGGAACUUGGUCUUUAAGCUUUUAUUAUUGUCAGUAAUCCAAACUAAUGUUUUGCUGUUGGAUUUUUUUCAUUCUUUUCCAACACAGGAGCAUUUUUAUGAUCCAUUAUCACAUUCUGGAUUCCUGGAAAUGAGACUGCGUAAUAUCCGUCGAAAGCUUGAAGCGGGUCAGCGUCGUUACUCAAAGCGCAAGAUAAGCUGUGAUACUGGAAUGGAAUCAGAACAGGACCAGGGGGAGAGCAGUGCAACCAAUGAGUGGAUCACCCUCAUGAAACGACUCAGGCCCUCUUCAGAGAACAUCUCUUCAAUUAAAUCUGCUAUGGAAAACACGUACACAAGGCGUAGGUCAUGGAUAUCAAAAAAGAAUCCCACAAUGGCUGAAAUUUUGGAAGAAUAUCCACGCUUUCUGGACAUGCCUAAUCUGGUAGGCCUCAUCAUUUUCCUUCUUUAGUUAAAGCAAAUGCCUGAUGUCAUUAAUAACUGUUGAUGUAUAGUUUAAAACAACUUCUCUUUUUAUUUAAGCUGGAUAUUGAGUUCGGAAGAAUGACUGAUGGCAAGACGGAGCUGUUUAUCAGACGAUGGGAAGUCAGCAUAAUUCCAAAACUGAAAUCUUUGGCUACCAUGGAAGGAGGGGAUGUUUCAUUGCUAACAGAGGGGAUGGAAGACCAAACUGAUGAUGAAAAGUGCUACACAAUGCUGGUUGUUCUCACACAUCUUCUGCCACCAUUGCCUGGGAGUCGAUGCAGCAUUAAGUCUGCAAUAUCGUUCCUGGUUGAUUUUGUACCGGCUGGGACCAGCAUUGCGUCCCUCUGCAGCAACUCUGAGGUGGCACAAGGCACCCAACCACAGUUGAUCUGCAUCGGCAAUUUGAAGAGUGCAACUCGCCAGUACAUUAUCGUUGCAAGCAAUGACGGUGUGACCAUUCCAGUAAAUGAUGGCCUGACAUGUGCAUUGGACAAGCUGUUCAAGCUCUACUGGGUUUGCAACUUGGCCUAUCCACCCCAGCUCAGCUCUGUGUUCACUUUCUUCGAAUACAUCUACGAAGUUACCAUCUCAACCAACCGGAAAGCCAAGGUACUGGAACUGAUCUCCAAGCUUCAAGCUGCACAGUAAAGCACUAUCAUGUACACAUGUCCAAAGUGUAAACAAUUGAUAUCGACACAAGUUAAGACAGUAAUUUGGCAUCUGCGUGAAGUUCAUGCCUUAUCAGAUGGACAGGGUUUCACUUUAAUUUGCAGCCAAGAAGGCUGCCCUCGGACAUAUCAGAACUUCAAUUCUUUUUCUAAACAUCUUCAUCGGGACCACCAACCCACAACAUUAAUGGACACUGUGCCAUUUCAGGCUCAUGACAGCAGAUCAUCUGCCACAUCUGAAACUAACACUUAUAAUAUUGAGGAAACAUCAAACGUUUCAACUGUACCAUUAACACCUACUCUUUCCAGUGAUUGUGUUGCUUCUU